AUGGAAGAGAGUUGGCGACGAACUUGGUGGGAGCUCUUUGUGACCGACGGCCUGAUUGCUGGGAUUCACAAAAAGACAAACUUUCCGCUUUUCGAUUUUAUGUCUGACGUUGCGCUUCCCUGCGAGGAAUACCAAUACCUCUCGGAGCCCAGGCACCUCGAAGACAUGGAUGAUAGUGGCAUCUAUGGUCUGAACCGUGAGUUCUCAUCAUUUACAUAUCGAAUUAAAUCCGCUCAGAUCCUCGGCAAGCUUUUGAGGAGUCGUCCUACUACUGGGCCCGACGAUGAAGCCCUUGGCCAUAUCGAGGCAUUGCUCACAGACUGGCGUCGCAGUCUGCCCCAGUCAAAAAAGGAUGGGCUAUACCAGAGUGGCAGGUUGGACGAGAUGAUGUUCCAGGCAUAUAUGAUAGCCCAUAUCACGUCGAUCCUGCUUCACCAACCGUACUCGCAGUUGAACUUGCCGUCGAGUCAAUUGGCUGACCCAAGUACUUUAAAUGGCUCGCAUAAUAGUCUCGAUGCCCAUACAAAAUAUACGAUAUACUCCGCCACAGAAAUCAGCAAACUUCUCACCCAUCGCGUCUCACUUCUUUCCCAUACACACUUCCUCAACUACGCAGUACGAAUGUCCUCCGCCAUACAUCUUACCAAAUGGGCUCUGCCUCUUGCGCCGCAGGAAGGCAGCCACAACAAUAUACGUCGCUUUAUUCGACUUAACAACACUGUUUUCUCAAGAAUGUCUCCAAUUUGGAGCGCUGCUGAGCGAGAAGGUCGCUCAGUGAAAAGCAUGGCACAGGACAUUUACCAAGGGAAGAAACGACAACAACUUAUGCCCCAUGUUUGGUAUAAUAUUAGUCACGAAGCGGCUAUGGAGAUAAUCGCAGUGGAUGAAGCCAUCAUGCAAGAGUUUGAGAGCAUAUCGAACCCCGAGGGCCCGAAGGAUCCGGCGACAGGGUCUCGUCCAAGCUCAGCCCUGUAUCUUACACCAGGUCAGCGGUACCCAAUCACGGAGGCAUGUUUCAAGGUUUAG